AAAUAACAGGACCGUUUGGGGUAACUUGUCUCACACGUUGUGGGGCAAGUUCUCUUAUGUGACUUUUUACCCCGAUAUUGAAAUAAAUAUAGCUCUAAACGGGAUUUAAUUUUUAGAUGGUGCGCGAUUACAGGAAAAAAACAGAUCGAGGCAGUUUUGAUAAGGAAGCGGUGUUACGCAAAGAGAAAAAUUGUAAAGAAGAAUUUAACAGGAAAUUUAAGAGGGUCGAAUAAUAAAAAUAAAAAUGGAAAAAACAAAAAAAGUGCUAAAAAGGAGUCCUCUGAACAAUCAGAGCAAGAUGAUGAAGAGACUUUUCGUAUUGUUUGCCUUGAACCAUUUUCCAAUAGUUCAUCAAAAGAAGUUUGGGCCCAAUGUACAGUCUGCAAGUUAUGGGCCCAUGAACAGUCUCGGUACACCGUGCGGAGUUCCCACCAAGCACGAUAUUCUUAAUAUAUUCAAGGCAUCAACUGAACAAUAUAUUAAGAAAGUAUUAGACAUGGAACCACCCGAACCACCUGUCAAAAAAGUUAUACCACGCUUGAAGCAAUUGGUUUAUGGAGAGGUCUUGACCACUGAAGAAGUUUUGAAUAGAAUGAGAAACGUUGAGAAACAAAGAAAGGGAAAGGGAUCAAAGACUGGAAAAGGCGGUAAAUUCAAGAAACUGGAAAAACUUGUAUUAAGUGAUAAAGAAAACGACGGAAAUAAUAUCAAUAAGAGGAAGGAUAUUGAAAUAAAAUUACUGCGUGCCAAAAAAUCGAAGAGGGAUACAUAUUCAUCUUCUUCAAAUUCGAGCUCGGAGGAACUUUCAUACGAUGAAACUGAUGACAGCCCUUUUGAAGAAGAAGAAGACCCACUAGGAGCUGAAGACCUAUAUACAGCGGACAAAAGCAACCUGAAAAAGGGAAGUUUCGCAUUAGUCUGCUUUAAAGGCGGGAAAAGGAUGACCGUGACUUAUAAAUAUCUGUGUGUGAUUGAAGACGUCGACUGGGAAGAAGGCGAAAUCAAAGUUACAUCUCUCAAAUGUGCAGAUGAUACGUGUAGGGUUUUCUCUUUAGUUGAAUCAGACGUUAGCUUUGUAAUCGUAGAUCAUAUUAUUGGAAUAACUCCAGAGCCAUCUAUUUAA